GCAGAGGAGCAGCAGAGGAGGAGCCUCUUCAGCCGUUUCAGACCACUGUUCUACCACCGCUGUGCUUCAACGCAGGGAUGGCACCUCGUAUGGAUGACGUCAUGCGCCUGUGCUGCGAAAUCUCGGCUCAUGACCAGAUCAAAGUGGCGGUGAAAAGCUCCGCCAAAGGAGCGGCGGUGGCGGGGGGCACGGCGUUCGUCGGCGGGCUGCUCGGUGGACCCGCGGGGAUUGCUGUCGGUGCGGCGGUGGGGGGUCUGCUGGGCAGCUGGCUAACCAGCGGUCAGUUCAGGCCUCUGCCUCAGAUCCUGAUGGAGCUGCCGCCCAAUCAGAGGGAGCAUCUCUGCCAGGACAUCAACAGCAUUCUGGGCAGCUUGGACUGGACGGACGCAGCCCAGCUCAUCGCCCUGGUGAUGGGCAACGUAACCCUGCAGCAGCAGGUCACUGCUGCCUUGAUCAACUACGUCUCAAAGGAGCUCAGAGCCGAGGUGCAGUACGGGGACUGAGCUGUGGCUCAACACUGACCUCAGGGAUUUCCGGUUCAGAUGCUUGUGUUGUCAGGGAGACACUGGGAACAAUCAUGUGUUCUGUGCAAACUUCAUUCCUAAUGUUUUACAUCUUGUUGAUUUAAUCCCACACUUUCCCUAUUUCAAACUAUGCUGCCUUUUUUUUAUUUGAAGGGUCAAUAAGUUUUUAGUAUGUCAGUUAAAGGUCACCUUCAUUUUUAAAAAGAAAAAGUUAAAAUGAAUGAACAAAUCAGCGAAGUGAUCAUCAAUAUCUCAGGCUGGUAUCUGAAGAACUAAACAAGAAUUCACAGCAUUCACUCCAAAGUUGGAAAGUAAAGACUGUCAUGAUCAAGCUUCUUUAAUCUAAAUAAUAAAAUGUUUAUGCAGUUUAGGCUCAAAUUAUUCAAACCACAAGUGAAUCUAAGCUUACAGUAAUGUCAUGAGCCUUCUGGCUGGAAGUCAUGUGAAUGUUAUGGAUCAGUCCAGUCAGUCCUGAGCAGAAAGGUUAGGGUGAUGGUGAAGAGGCCUUCUGAGGCCAUUCAGAAAUAAAUAAUGAAAUAGAAAAAACAUCCUGCUUGAUUUUUCUAUUGAUUAUUGAGAAGGGUGGAAAUUAUUUUUUAUGUGCCAUUUUAUAAAUAAAACUUGUUUUUUUCAAAAC